CGUCACUCAGCCUUACUCAUCUGCUCACCAUUUCAGGAUUGCUCUGUUACUCAGCUUGCUGCUGGGAGAAAGAGAACAGCAGCCCAUGACAGCUGGAGUAGGGCUGCCACUCACAGCCAGGCCAUGGUGUCCUCCUGUUGAACAUACACCGUUUCACGGAACGUGUCAAGGCCACUCUGUGACUUUGAUGGAUCAGGACAAAAACAAGGCCACCCUGUAACCACAUCGGACACAGACAAACCAAGACUAUCGUAAACCACAAAGAUGACCAACUAUCCCUUUCUCCGUGAUCGUGAGUCACCGCUGCUUCUUGACCAUCACAGCCUCGGUCUCGCUCCGGUCUUCUCCUCGUCCAGAUAAGAGUUCAGAUACUCAGUCAUAGACUAGCCCUUGCUUCCCCACAGCAACCCAUCCAGAGCAGAGCCAGACCGUGCCUCCUCAUCGUCUCGCCCAGCAUCACCUAGCAAAAGCCUAAAUCCUAGAAUAAAUCCUUUCUCACACCCUCUCGCCGAGAUGCCCCACGGUUCCCCUGGUGUGCACCCUCCCUGUGGCGAUGAGUCAAGAAAGCCAGCUUUGUUCAACCUCAGCCCUUCCCGGCCUGGAUCAGAAGAAGCGUGGCAGCCACAAAGCAUGCUGCCUGCUGACGCCCCCUCCACCCCCACUGUUCCCACCACCAUUCUUCAGAGGGGGCCGAAGUCCGCUUCUCUCCCCAGACAUGAAGAAUCUCAUCCUGGAACUCGAGACCGCGCAGUCCUCUUGCGUGCAAGGGUCACUUGGCUCCCCUGGGCCUCCCGGCCCCCAGGGUCCACCGGGGCUUCCUGGCAAGACAGGACCAAAGGGAGAAAAGGGGGAGCUUGGCCGACCAGGAAGGAAGGGAAGACCUGGCCCCCCGGGUGUUCCUGGCAUGCCUGGGCCUGUCGGCUGGCCUGGCCCCGAAGGACCCAGGGGUGAAAAAGGUGACCUGGGUAUGACGGGCUUGCCAGGGUCAAGAGGACCAAUGGGCUCCAAGGGCUACCCUGGAUCCCGAGGGGAAAAGGGAUCCAGAGGUGAAAGGGGUGACUUGGGUCCCAAAGGAGAAAAGGGUUUCCCGGGAUUUCCUGGAAUGUUGGGGCAGAAAGGUGAAAUGGGUCCAAAGGGUGAGCCUGGGAUAGCAGGACACCGGGGACCCACAGGAAGACCAGGAAAACGAGGCAAGCAGGGGCAGAAGGGAGAUAGUGGAGUUGUGGGCCCACCAGGCAAGCCUGGGCCUUCUGGUCUUCCUGGCCGUCCAGGUCCCCCAGGACCCCCGGGCCCCCCAUCGGCAGGACAACUUGUAACGGGACCCAAAGGGGAAAGAGGAUUUCCUGGGCCUCCUGGAAGAUGUCUGUGUGGAACCUCCGUGAAUGUGAAUAACCCUUCCUACGGGGAAUCCGCGUACGGGCCCAGUUCCACGCGAGUCCCUGUGAUUUUUGUGGUCAACAACCAGGAGGAGCUUGAGAGGCUGAACACCCAAAAUGCCAUUGCCUUCCGCAGAGACCAGAGAUCUCUGUACUUCAAGGACAGCCUUGGCUGGCUCCCCAUCCAGCUCACCCCUUUCUACCCUGUGGACUACACUGUAGACCACCGCGGCUCCUGCGGGGACGGGGUCCUGCAGCCCGGCGAGGAGUGUGAUGAUGGGAACAAUGAUGUGGGCGAUGACUGCAUCAGCUGUCACCGGGCGUACUGUGGAGACGGUCACCGGCACAAGGGCGUGGAGGACUGUGAUGGCUCCGACUUUGGCUACCUGACGUGCGAGACCUAUCUCCCUGGGUCGUAUGGAGACCUGCAGUGCACCCCGUACUGCUACAUCGACUCCACGCCCUGCCGCUACUUCACCUGAGGGGCACGAGGAGAGGUGGGCUGCAUCCCACGGAACUGGCAGCAGCUUCUCCACCCUCGUCAAGCUGACCUGGCACCACUUGGUCCAGUUUCCACCAACUUCAUGCGACAAAAACAAGGACAAACUCUUGCUGCUAAGAUGCUCUUCUGACUCAGUCCGACUGGAAGAACUUAGGACCACCACAUCCUGUCUUAAUCCAAAGUACCCGAAGACCUUCCACAUGCCCAACCUGGGAACUGUUCCCCAUCACUGCCAUUUGGCCAAUAGCUGACCCACAGCACCCCUUCUCUUCUGGAGUGUUGCCGCCGCAGGCCGCGCACUGGCUUAGCACUGUUAGACACACUCAGACCUGCGGGGCUGCCUGAGCUUGUUCUCAUCCCGUUUGGAGCGUCUGGGGUACAGGCCUCUCUGCUCCUCUGACCUCUGGAAAUGCGGGCGUUCUCAGCCAAGACAGCCGGCCAUCCGGCCUCUCCAGGCCCGUGAACCACAAAGCAGGGAGGUGGGCCUGUCCUCUUGGGGUGGCUCCCAGCUUUGGACUCGCUGAGGGACCCCUAACUGGCCACAGCCCAGCACAGCCUCAUGUGGAUGCAGCUCCCCCAGGAAGAGACCCAACUGUGAAAAAGUACUGAGAAAGCCACCAAACCCGUGCUCUGGCUGGGUAGAGGGUGGAGGCUCAGCUGGGUGCUUGCCAUGCGGACAAUAGCAGAGCAGUGGCCUUUCGCUUCUCAACGUUUCCCAAAGGGGUGGCCCUCGUGGUUUCACCAUCCCCCGGCACCAUCUUGACCUCGUGGCUCUCUGCACUUUGGCCUCUGUUUUGUGAAUGCCCCUCAUAUCCAUUUCUUGUUUAGGAGAUUCGCUAGCAGAGGGUGACCUCCUGAGGCCACGCCCAGGCAGGUUCUCGGUCUUUCCUCAGUCAUUAGGAAAACACUGCCUGGGGUUCCACACCGGGGACCCCAUUACUGAGGACAUGCUCUAGGCAGAGAUGGUUUCUGUCCUAAGCUCCAGCUCCUGGCUGCCUGCUGACUCCUGUGAGCACCAUGACCUCCCUUCUGUGUCCCCAUAGUGCAUAGCCUGGUCCUCAUGUCUGUGUACCGAGCCCCCCACGUCUCUACAGGGUCCUGAGUCCUGCAUGUCUGUGGGCUGCCUUUCAUCACCAUCUUUCCGGAGUGGGGUUUUAGCUUUGUUUUGGAAAGGUGUCCCCCGACAGCAGACCUCAAAUGGGAUUUGCCCAUUUGUUACCAGAUGGAGAGACACUCCUGGGCUUUUGUACAAAGCCAUUUAAUGUGCCUGAGUCUCUGGGACUUCAGGCCUAGUGGGCCAUCCAUCGUCCUGGUGGUCUGUAGUGGACGACAUCAGCCCGAGGUGGGGUGUCUUCAGAGGUGGGCACAUUGGUCAGCCCGAGUCCCUCAGCCCCUACUGCAAGUCCUCGGGUGAUGUCCCCCCUACGUAAAGCCAGCAUCUUCAUACUGGGAUCUCUGGAUGGGAAAUCAAGAAAUAAAGGCAGUUCAU